AUGCAUCCUCGCAAAUUCCCCAUGUUUGCUGCGAGCUUGAUUACUGGAAUAAACAUUUUGGAACCCAUGUUGUAUGGUGCUAUUAGGAGAACUAGAUUAUUGAAAAGACCGUCAUCAGCAUUGUUUGUUUCUACAUUAGUAUCAUCGUUGGUAUCGGCAAUGGUAACAUUUCCAUUGUUCCAGAAUCAUGUUGUUGGAUUUGGUAGAUACAAUUCAUUAGACCUCACUUUGUUAGUCGCUACCAGGGCAUUGGAUACGGUGUUCUCAUCAACCUUGUCUCAUAUUACACCAGCUGGUAUCAGUGGAUACGGAGAUGCGUUAUUGUUCAUCAUUAACAGCACAUUGGUUAUGUUUGCUUGGUUUUACAAUCCAGAAAGGUUACCACCUGCUUACUCCAAGUGGAUAACUUCUGCUGCCAACAUGGACCCAGAUUUUAUUGAGGUUUUGCGGUUGGUCAGAAGCAAGGAUUUGAUUUACGGCCAACACGGUCCUAAUGAGAAUUAUUUGACACCAUAUUUCGAGAAAUAUGGUAGAGAUCCACUGGGAGCAAACACAGUCGUAAAUCAGCCAAUAGAUUGCGAAGCAGUACACGCGUUCAGAUGCAAAAGCUGUGAACUACAUGCCUUAUGGAGGUUUUGGAGAGGCUUCAAGUUUGCAAUCACCGUGUAUGGCCCGCUCAAUUUAUUUAUGUUGGUAUUCCCACUGAAAGUGAAGACUUCAACCAGAUUGCUCAGGGCAUUAAAGUCUUCCUUGCGCUCAUCAUGUUUCUUAGGCUCGUUUAUAGGCCUUUAUUGGUACGGGGUCUGUUUGGCAAGGACAAGGCUAUUCCCCCACUUGUUCCCCAAAGUUCCUCGAACUAGGUUCGAUGACACUAUUUGUGCUGCUACAGGGGCUGUAAUGUGUGGGUUUUCUUCAUUUGUUGAGAACGCACAAAGAAGAAAAGAGUUGGCAUUGUUUGUUGCUCCUAGAGGGUUGGGUACGUUGAUACCAUCAGAACCAUCGAAAAUCAACUUGAAAAUAGAGAGUUUUGUCUUUUCCAUUUGUUUGGCUAUAUUAGUUGCAUAUUCCAGAAACAGGUCGUCGAGUGUGAGAGGAAUUUUUGGGAAAGGUCUCAAACAGAUAUUCAACGUUCAAGAAUACAAUUGA